CAUAACAUAAAGACAAGAUGUGUACAUGCAUGUUGCCUGUUAUUAUGGCUCCAACAACAAUGGAGUUGCAUGAUGGUGGUGCAAUCAUGGAGAGUGAUAAUAAUAUUAGAGAAGUGUGCUUGGUUUGGGAGAAUUUGGAAGUGGAAGUAGUAAGCAGUUAUAGUAGUGAAAGAAGGAAGAAAGUGUUAAAUGGAAUAAGUGGAUAUGCUGAACCAAACAGAAUCAUGGCUCUAAUUGGUCCUUCUGGUGCUGGCAAAUCCACUUUCCUUGAUGCUCUUGCUGGAAGGCUUGGCGGCAAUGUUAGAAUCACUGGAAAUGUAACACUGAAUGGGACUAAGACAAUUACAAGCUGCAAAAACAUUAAUUAUGUAACUCAAGAAGACUAUUUCCUGGGAACUCUAACAGUGAGGGAAACACUAACAUAUGCUGCUCAUCUGAGACUUGCUGCAAACAAGAGCAAAGAUGAGAUUGACAAGGUUGUAGUCAAGACGCUCGAUGAAAUGGGUCUUAAAGAAUGUGCAGAGAGCAGGCUUGGGAAUUGGCAUUCAAGAGGAAUAAGUAAAGGAGAGAAGAGAAGACUCAGCAUUGGCAUUGAAAUCUUAACUCAGCCUCAUAUACUGUUGCUUGAUGAACCUACCAGUGGAUUGGAUAGUGCUGCUGCUUUCUUUGUCAUUUCAUCUCUCACAAGCAUAGCACAUAAUGGAAGAAUAGUAUUAUGCUCCAUUCACCAACUUAGCAGUGAAGUCUUCAAUCUCUUUGAUGAUUUGGUGCUCCUUGCAGCAGGUGAAACUGUCUAUUUUGGAGAAAGAACUAAUGCUAUUAAGUUCUUUGCUGAUGCAGGGUUUCCUUGUCCAACAAGAAAGAAUCCUCCGGAGCACUUCCUUCGAUGCGUUAGUCCAGAGUUUGAUAAUGUUCUAAGUCUAAUGCGGUCCAAAAAUGUCAAUGAUACCCCAUCAUCAUGGAAUUCUUUAGUGAAUAUGACUACAGAGGAGACCAAAUGGAAUCUGAUAAACAGUUUCAAGAAUUCCAUGCAUUCAGCAAAUGUGAGAGAAAAAAUCAGAGAAAUCAAACUAAGAAAAGAACCUGUUAUUGACAGAGCAUAUGAUACUAGCACAUUGAAGCAGCUAUGUACUUUGACUCACAGAUCAUUCCUUAACAUGACUAGAGACAUCGGUUACUACUGGUUAAGGAUCUUGUUCUACAUCUUAGUAUCAGUGUGUGCUGGUUUUCUUUAUCUAAAUGUAGGAACAAGUAAUAAUGCAAUCUUGCCAAGAAGCAAGUGUGAUGGAUUCAUCUAUGGCUUUAUGACCUUCCUUUGCAUUGGUGGAAUGCCCUUCUUCCUUGAGGAGUUAAAGGUGUUCGAAGGCGAAAGGUUCGGGAGGCAUUAUGGCGAGGCCAUUUACGUGUUGUCGAGUUUCAUGUCAUCACUCCCUUUUGUUGUUGCCAUUUCCCUGACUUCAGGAACAAUACUUUACCACAUGGUGAAUUUUCACCCUGGAUUCUCUCAUUACUGCUACUUUUGCAUAAACCUCUUCUGCAGCAUUUCUGUCACAGAAGGCUCCAUGCUUGUGGUUGCAGCACUAGUCUCCAACCAAUUGCUAGCUAUUGUAACUGCAGCUGGUGUAACUGUACUCAUGUUGAUGCCAUCAAAUGUAUCCAGAAGGAUAACAGACAUUCCUAACUUCUUCUGGCGCUAUCCAAUGUCCUACAUCAGUUAUAUUGCAUGGUCCAUAGAGGGUCAAUACAAGAAUGACUUCGUUGGACUUGAAUUUGAACCACUGAUACCUGGGGAUAGGAAGAUAAAAGGUGAGGUGAUACUUAAGGAAAUACUUGGGAUCCAAACAGAUUAUUCAAAGUGGUGGGAUGUUGGAGUUCUGGUUUUGUUGUUAAUAUCUUAUAGAGUGCUCUUUUACUUGGCUCUUAAGCAUAGGGAGAGAGCUUCAUCAAUAUUUCGCACCAGAAUGAGUGAAUGACUCUCCUUCACAUUUUACUCAAAUACCCUCACCUCACAUAAUUAAGGAUAAACGCUUUAUAUUUUUAUCUUACUAAGUAAAACCUCACUUGUAUUUA